AUGAUGACGCAUGAAAAUCAUUCGUUUUACUUUAGGUUGGCGGCAUUAUCAAUGGUGCUGGUGAGUGAAUCGAUUUCUUCGACGCUAAUUUUGCCUUUUGUCGGAUUAUUUGUUGCCCGCCUGCGGAACGUCACCCCCGAUGAAGCCGGCUUCCUCUCUGGAAUUCUUGUGUCAGUGUUUCAACUAGGGCAAAUCAUCACGGGCAAGACCUGGGGAAGAAUGAGCGAUCGGUUUGGGCGUAAGCCCAUGAUCCAAUUGGGUCUUUUCUUCAACGCCGUUAUUGCCAUUUUUUUUGGAGUUAGUCCAAGCAUUGAAUUCUGCAUCUUGAUGCGCUUCCUUCACGGGUGUGCCAAUGGCAAUGUCCUUGUUGCCAAGACGGUCAUUGCGGAUAUAACGGAUCGGACGACCGAAAGUCUGGGGUUUUCUGCCAUCACUCUCUUCUGGGGAGUGGGCUCUAUCGUGGGGCCUACAUUGGGCGGGCUUUUGUAUGACCCAGUGAAGAAUCCAAAGUUGAGUCAUUUUCUCUUGACAGAAGAUCCGGCAUUAAACUUCUUUGUUGUUCAUCCUGCGGUACUUUCCAUGUUGGUGACUGCUGCCUUUUCACUCUUGGCGUUAAUGAGCACAUGUCUAUUUCUUCCUGAAACGAGCAAGAAUACAGUGGAUCCAUUGCUAUCUCUCUGUUUUAGUCGUCGCAAUACCAGCGCAGUGGUUGUGGAGGAAAGCAUUGAAGAAAAAAGCACGCAAGAGAUGGAGAUCUCUGCAUAUCCUGGCAUUUCUGAGGAAACGGAUGGGCCCUCCGGUAGGGAAGAUGUCCAACAGGGGAAUCGGGGUUGUGGCGAGGCAUUGUUUGUAGAGGAGGGUUCAUCGUAUCGAGCUAUUCCUGUGGAGGGUGCGUCCAAGGUGACAAGGAUGCGCCAAAGAAAAUUGGGGUUGACAUUAGAGGGUAAGAGCAAUUGUGAAAAUAAGUCACAGUCUAGUUUUGGCUACCGCGAAGCUCUAAAGUCAUCAAACACGCAAAAAGUGUUGAUCAUGUACAUGUGCAUUGCCUCGACAGAGUUUGCCCUUUUGGAAGUUAUCCCACUUUGGUCGAUCGCCUCAGUUGAAAAGGGUGGUCUUGGCCUUUGUUCAGCCGAUGUGGGUUGGUUAAUGGGUGCGACCUCGGUCGUGUGUGUCCUUGCAAAUAUCAAUUUUACUUCUUUAUUGCGAUGCGUGCAAAACCACCGAGUUAUUUGGGAUACCAGCGUCAUACUGUGGGCAUUGGUCUCCGUGGCUACACCGUGUGCUAUUUUUUUCCCCCGGCAAUGGGUAUUUACAUGUGUUGCCGUUUUGAACGCCAUCAGAGAGGUUGCACUGUCAUGGAAUUUUGCUUUAGUAUAUAUCUUUAUCGCUCGAUCCUCGCCAGAGGAGCAUUUGGGAUCAAUGAAUGGAAUUGCCCAGUCCCUUGGCUCCUUAUCGCGUUUGCUGACUAUGCUGGUGCUUCCUCCAUUAUUUGCAUGGUCUCUUCAAGGCGCUCAAUCUUUUCCUUUUAAUCACCAUUUUGUUUUUUGGCUGACCACAUUGCCACUUCUGGUGAGCUAUGUUCUUUCGACGUACCUUGCACCAGUUGUAUUGAGUGGUUAG